AUGAAUCCCACCCACAAAGACCUCGAGUGGCACUCUGAAGGCAAUUCAGAUGCAUCUGACAACAGCCUAGUCAUGGCCAAAAGCAUCCCCAUCCGCCUCUCACGCGGCAAGCCGAAGGUGACUGAGGAAGACCAAGACUCCGAAACCGCCACACAACAAAAUCCAAAGACUUUUUUCUUGCCGACUAUGAAUGAAGAGACUUUUAUUGACCACGGCUGCACCUUGGAUGCACAGGGGUACCCAAUCUGCCCCAACGGAAACACAGUCUUUGUGAAAUUGCCUGGCCAAACGAUCACCAACUUUGGCAAUGUUGGUUUUUCAAAGCGAACCGGUAGUGAGUACCGCUCAAAAGGCACCUGGAAGCUCAAGCGGAUCUAUUGUCUGGGUGUCCUUGCCUGCGACUUACCAGACUGUCAAUGGGCAGGGGCCCCUCCAACUGGCCGGGUUGAUAUGCGCGAGUGGAACUCCCAUUGUCGUGGUGCACGCGGGACAUGUCCAGGAAACGUGGCACACAUUGAAUGCAAGCAGACCCUGAUCCGAGUCGACGAGCAUGUGCCUACAACAUGGGCAAUCCUACGUCAUCGUGGUGAACAUAAUCAUCCCUGGCCCGAGGCUAAGAAGCCAGAUUUGCUCUCGAGAGAGACUCUGAAGGCUGAGAUUGCAAAAAAUCCUAAAGCAGGUGCCUUUUCGCUCAGGAUCAGGAAGCCAAAUGCUUCGCAAGACACUUACAACAGUGUCUUGGACAUCCACCCUUCCCUUGGGAAUGCAGACCAAUUGCGGUAUUAUCGCAAACUGAUGCUCAAAGAACUGAACAUCACACCAGACCAUCUUGGAGGCAGUGUUGGUGAUCAGUUUAUCACGGACAUGUUCAAAUGGGUCAAGCGUGGCUUGCUGAUCAUCUCGUCGUCAUACUUGGAAGGCGAGGAGCAUUUCACAUUCCAAUCGGAAUGGAUGCGCAAACGUAUAUUGGCCCGGGACAUCGAUCACAAAGUUUAUGGAACUGGCCUAGUAUCUGAUGUGACGUACCGAUUUUUUCGGAAUGGCUACUUGCUUUCAACCUCAAUGUAUUGUGAGGAGCUGGCCAGAUGGAUUCCCAUCCAGCUCACCUGGAUACGAGGACUGGCCAAGAGGUAUUACCAGAUCCACUUUGCGGUCUUGUUCCGUCAGUUUGUCAUUCCGGAUUUCACGGAAGCCGAACGGGAUGUCUUGGUCUGCAAUAUCGUAGACUUCUCAGCGGCUCAACGGGAGGGCUUUGUCACUGCUUAUUGGGAAGUUUUUGGUAUGUGUGACAAGAAGGUUGUCCUUGACAAACUGCAAGGGUGUCAUGAACACUACCGUGCUCAAGUGACUCGGGUGAAAAGGAACCGCCAUGUUGUGAUGGCUGAUGAUGAGGCAAGUAGCGUGUUCCAGACCAUGUGCAUGGAUCUCAUCAAACAGCCGGCCGAAGGUGACACCAGCCACGAGGAGAAGAUUGAUGCCAUCCGUCGUCGUUUCCCCAAGGCCAAACGUUGGCUAGAUUGGUGGACCAUGGCCGAUGUUGAGGCCAUGCUAUUCCCAUCUCGCCGUCCCAAGCUGGAAGAUGCACCCGAGGAUCAACAUCGACCGACAAAGACCACAAAUGCUCAGGAGAGUCUCCAUCGAUUAUACUACAUGCUCUCGUACGUACAUGAUCGGUUCUCAUGA